AGUGACAUCCAAGCAUAAAUUAUAAACUCCGCUCUGAUUGGUCAUCUGCGUCGUUAUCGACCAAUCAGAGGCGGGUUUACAAUGUUUGUUGAUCCCAGCAUGCAAUUUCCAAGAUGGCCUCCCCGGAGUCGAAAAGUUCGCCAAAAGACGAGGGUUCUCCGACAGAGGUACCCUUGAACCCUGAGCCUAGACAGCAGAUGAUUGAGACUGCAGUAAAAUUUCUACAGAAUCCCAGAGUCAGACAGAGUGCAUUCACUCAGAGGAGAGCCUUCUUACAGAAGAAAGGGUUAACAAAUGAAGAAAUCCAGUUGGCAAUAGAGAAGUCAGGAACAGCAGCAGAUGAAACAAACCCUCCACCCCCACCUCCUACACAAGUGGUACAGUCCACAGCCCCAGUAGCUCUUCAACCACCUGUUAUUGUCCCAGUUUCUCCAUGGUCCAAAUGGCGGGACAUGGGAGCAGUUAUCGUGUUGGUGGGAGGGGCGCUGUAUGGCCUGUACAGACUCUUCCAGGCAUAUUUGUUACCCCUGUGGAAGAGCAGAGAUGAGGAGAGACAGAGACUGGAGAGGAUAGAGGCUGCUGUGACUGAGCUCACUGCUUCUGUCAACAAAACAGUUGGAGAGUUACAACAGACCCUGACUAAGCAGGGGGACAGGGUACAGGAGAUCUCCAUGGAACUAGCUGCUGGGAAGUCCACAGCACGAGUGUUUGAGAGCCAGAGUGUGAGUGAGCUGAAGGCUGAGAUCACCUCCCUCAAGGGUCUACUCCUCAGUAGACACCAGUUCCCUCCGACCCCUUCUCCCACUCCCAUCAUCCCCUCCUGGCAGAUGGAGACCGUCGACUCUGCGUCGUCGACCAGCGGCAAGGCCGCCACGACUAGCAGCGAAGUCUCCCCGGCCGAACCCGCGCCUCCCGGCAAAGACGCAGACUCAAACAUUGAGUCAGAAUCUCUUGAUGUUACUCAGAAUGGGUUGUCAGCGGAAAAAAAUGUGUCCACGUCCGAGAGUAGCGAAGACACAAGCUCGAGUAUUGUUCACGUCAGCAACCCACUGGACGAGCUGUCUAGUGGGGAGGAGAUGGAGGCCAAAUGUCAGAUGGAGGGUAAAGGUCAAGAGGAAGAGUCCACUGCAGAGGUUAGCCAGGGGGAGGAGGACAAUCAGGAAAACACUGAAAUGAAGCAGGUUUAGUGUGUUGACAAUAUGCUGUAAUGAAGGGAUGUCUGGUCCCACAUUUCGAUCAUGUGUUGCAAAAAUAAUCACAGGGUUUGAAAUACCACCUACAUAUGCAGGUAAAAUUGGCAUUGUGUACUAGGUAUUUCUGAUGUCUACCUGCACCUAACCUGUAUGGGAUAUAUCUACUGUAUGGCUAUUCAUUUGCUACUCAGAUUUUUUACAUCCUAUGUAAUGGUUAGAAGAAAGAAUCAAAAUGGUUUCAAAGUAUGAUUCUCUAUGAUUUACAGUUCAAAAAAUUUGUCAUGAUUGAAACACUUACCAGAAGAAACCCCAAUGUUAAAUAAUGUAGGAAGAUCUGUCUAGUGCAGCUUUGAUAACAUAACUUAAAUGUAACUGGACAAAUAUGACAAACAAUUGUGACAAAUAAGCAGGUCCUGUCAUAAUGUUGUAAUCUGCUAGGGGGCACUGAUAAACUGCAUACCCACCUGAACAUGCUGCUAUGUUGGUUUCAAUGAAAGAGCGACUUUCUUGACUAUUUUUAUCUGAUCAGAUCAUAUCAAUUCAUUUCUUUGAUUUGGUUCUGAGAAUUUAUCAUACAAUGAAGUUGUUUGUUUGGUAGCAUUGGCUCCAAAAUUUAUCAUGUGUGAAGAAUAUUGAAGUGAACCCGUGUUACCAAACUGUCUCAAUCGUUGAUUUCUCCAAUUAUAUUGGUAAGCAAUUUAAAAAAAAAAAGAAGAACAAAUUAACAUUGUGUCGCCACGUCAAACACAUUUUGACUACCCCAAACUGUUGAUAAUUUGAUACAUGCAUAUUGAAAUCUGCCUGGAUCAUUGGAAUCUUAUGACUAAAACAUUAUGUGGCUGUUGUGCAA